AUGUCUGGCUACGCAGCAGGGGGCCAAUACGAUGAUGGCUACGGCCACGCGGCUCAUGGCGACUCCUAUUAUCAGGAUGAGCAUGCCCAGGGCGGAUACUAUGACAAUCAAGAAUAUGGUGAUGGAUACUACGACCGAGGUACCUACCAAGAGGGUGGUGCCCAACACCCACAACAACCAGCGGCUGGUUACGCCGAAGGUGGAUACUACGAAGGUGGUGGCAACCACGACGAGUACUACGGCGACCAGUACUAUGACCAAGCUCAGUACGAUCAGGGUCAUGAGCAGGGCCAUGAACAGGGCCGUGGCCGUCGGGGUGACUCCGAGGAGGACUCCGAAACCUUCAGUGAUUUCACCAUGAGAUCCGAGACUGCCCGUGCUGCGGACAUGGAUUACUACGGUCGUGGUGAUGAGCGAUACAACAGUUACGCUGAUAGCCAGUACGGUCGUGGUGGAUACGGUGGCUACCGUCCCCCAUCCUCUCAGGUUUCGUAUGGCGGCAAUCGCUCAUCCGGGGCCUCGACCCCUGUCUACGGUAUGGAUUACGGAAACGCGUUGCCGGCUGGCCAGCGUUCGCGAGAGCCUUACCCAGCCUGGACUUCCGACGCCCAGAUUCCUCUCUCUAAGGAGGAGCUGGAAGACAUCUUCCUAGACUUGGUCAACAAAUUCGGUUUCCAGCGUGACAGUAUGCGUAACAUGUACGACCAUAUGAUGACCCUGCUCGACUCGCGUGCGUCUCGUAUGACCCCCAACCAAGCUCUUCUGUCAUUACACGCCGACUACAUCGGUGGACACAACGCCAACUACCGCCGAUGGUACUUUGCGGCUCACCUGGAUCUCGACGACGCUGUUGGCUUCGCGAACAUGAAGCUCGGCAAGGCUGACCGAAAGACCCGGAAAGCUCGCAAGGCUGCUCAGAAGGCUGCAAAGGAGAACCCCGAGAAUGAGGAGGAGGUCCUCGAGGCUCUGGAAGGUGACAACAGUCUGGAGGCCGCGGAAUACCGCUGGAAAUCGCGUAUGAACCGCAUGUCUCAGCAUGACCGCGCCCGUCAGAUCGCUCUCUACCUUUUGAUCUGGGGUGAAGCGAACCAGGUUCGAUUCUUACCUGAGUGCAUCUGUUUCAUCUUCAAGUGUGCCGAUGACUACUACUCAUCACCUGAAUGUCAGGCUCGAGUUGAGCCCGUUGAGGAGUUUACCUACCUUAACGACAUCGUUACUCCGCUGUAUCAGUACUGUCGUGACCAGGGAUAUGAAAUCCUGGAUGGCAAGUACGUGCGUCGCGAGCGAGACCACGCUCAGAUCAUUGGUUAUGAUGACAUGAAUCAAUUGUUCUGGUACCCAGAGGGUAUUGAGCGCAUUGGUUUCGAAGACAAGACUCGCCUGGUCGACUGCCCUCCAGCUGAGCGUUGGCCUAAGUUGAAGGACGUCGUCUGGAGCAAGGCUUUCUUCAAGACUUACAAGGAGACCCGUUCCUGGUUCCACAUGGUCACCAACUUCAACCGUAUCUGGGUUAUCCACUUGUGUACUUUCUGGAUGUUCACAGCCUACAAUGCUCCAACUCUCUACACCAAGCACUUUACCCAACAAGCAGACAACAAGCCCACUACAGCGAGGUACUUGGCGGCUGUUGGCUUUGGUGGUGCGGUCGGUGCUGCUAUUCAAGUUUUCGCCACCAUUUGCGAGUGGCUCUAUGUUCCUCGACGCUGGGCGGGUGCUCAGCAUCUGCGUAAGCGUUUCAUGUUCCUUUUGGCUGUCUUGGUUGUGAACUUGGUUCCCGGUGUCAUUGUUUUUGGUUUCAUCGACAAGUUCGGCAGCGCUUCAAAGACCGUUGGUUUGAUUCUUGGAAUUGUUUCCUUCGUCAUUGCGCUGUUCACAGUUGCUUUCUUCGCCGUUCAACCUCUUGGUGCUCUCUUCGGCAGCUAUCUGAACAAGAAGGGUCGCAAGUAUGUGGCCAGUCAGACUUUCACGGCUAGUUUCCCUCAUCUGAAAGGAAAUGACAUGUGGAUGUCUUACGGCCUCUGGGUUUGUGUCUUUGGCGCAAAGCUGGCUGAAUCCUACUUCUUCUUGUCUCUGUCUUUGAAGGAUCCCAUCCGUAUCCUGUCACCCAUGAGCAUCUGGCAAUGUACUGGUGUCCAAUGGGCUGGUAACGUGCUGUGCCACAAGCAGCCUCAGAUUCUGCUUGGUCUGAUGUUCUUCAUGGACUUGACUCUCUUCUUCCUGGAUAGUUACCUGUGGUACAUUAUUUGCAACACCAUCUUCUCCGUUGCUAGAUCUUUCUACUUGGGUGUUUCCAUCUGGUCGCCCUGGAGAAACAUCUUCUCUCGCCUGCCCAAGCGUAUCUACUCCAAGGUUCUUGCGACUACUGAUAUGGAGAUCAAGUAUAAGCCCAAGGUGCUCAUCUCUCAGGUCUGGAAUGCUAUCAUCAUUUCCAUGUACCGUGAACAUCUCUUGGCUAUCGACCAUGUCCAGAAGCUGCUUUACCACCAGGUCCCCUCGGAACAAGAGGGCAAGCGUACCCUCCGUGCUCCUACUUUCUUCGUCUCUCAGGAGGAUCAGUCUUUCAAGACCGAGUUCUUCCCCCAGGGUAGUGAGGCGGAGCGUCGUAUCUCUUUCUUCGCUCAGUCCCUGUCGACCCCGAUGCCAGAGCCUCUCCCCGUUGACAACAUGCCCACUUUCACUGUUCUGAUUCCCCACUACGGAGAGAAGAUUCUCCUGUCUCUGCGUGAAAUCAUUCGUGAGGAUGAACCUUACUCUCGUGUUACUCUCCUGGAAUACCUCAAGCAGCUGCACCCUCACGAGUGGGACUGCUUCGUCAAGGACACCAAGAUUCUGGCUGAUGAGACCUCUCAAUUUAACGGUGAAUACAGUGAGAAGGGCGAGAAGGAUGCCCAGAAGAGCAAGAUCGACGAUUUGCCCUUCUACUGCAUUGGUUUCAAGUCUGCUGCUCCUGAAUACACUCUUCGCACACGUAUCUGGGCUUCUCUGCGCUCCCAGACUUUGUACAGAACUGUUUCCGGUUUCAUGAACUACAGCCGUGCUAUCAAGCUGCUCUACCGUGUUGAAAACCCCGAGGUUGUUCAGAUGUUCGGUGGCAACUCCGAGAAGCUGGAGCGUGAGCUCGAGCGUAUGGCUCGUCGCAAGUUCCGCAUUUGUGUUUCCAUGCAGCGUUAUGCCAAGUUCAGCAAGGAUGAGCGUGAGAACACCGAGUUCCUCCUGCGUGCCUACCCCGACCUCCAGAUUGCCUACCUUGAUGAGGAGCCUCCCGCCACCGAGGAAGAGGAGCCCCGCCUGUACUCUUCCCUCAUUGACGGUCACUGUGAACUCCUCGAAAAUGGAAUGCGCAAGCCUAAGUUCCGUAUUCAGCUCUCCGGUAACCCCAUUCUGGGUGAUGGAAAGUCCGACAACCAGAACCACGCCAUCAUCUUCUACCGCGGUGAAUACAUCCAGCUGAUUGACGCUAACCAGGACAACUACCUGGAGGAAUGUCUCAAGAUCCGUAGUGUCCUGGCCGAGUUCGAGGAAUUGACCACCGACAACAACGACCCUGUCGCCAUUCUUGGAGCCCGUGAAUACAUUUUCUCCGAGAACAUUGGUAUUCUUGGUGACUUGGCUGCAUCUAAGGAACAAACGUUCGGUACCCUGUUCGCUCGUACUUUGGCCCAGAUCGGUGGUAAGCUGCAUUAUGGUCACCCUGAUUUCCUGAAUGCAACCUUCAUGACCACUCGUGGUGGUGUUUCCAAAGCUCAAAAGGGUCUUCACCUGAACGAGGAUAUUUACGCCGGUAUGAACGCUCUGCUCCGUGGCGGCCGUAUCAAGCACUGUGAGUACUUCCAGUGUGGUAAGGGUCGUGAUUUGGGUUUCGGUUCCGUCUUGAACUUUACCACCAAGAUUGGUACUGGUAUGGGUGAACAGAUGCUGUCUCGCGAGUACUACUACCUCGGUACCCAAUUGCCUCUUGAUCGAUUCUUGUCUUUCUACUAUGCUCACCCUGGUUUCCACAUCAACAACAUGUUCAUUAUGUUGUCUGUGCAGCUGUUCAUGAUUGUAUUGAUUAACCUGGGUGCUCUCCACCACGAGAACAUCAUUUGCCGUUACAACUCCAACCUCCCCGUUACCGAUCCUCUGUUGCCCACCUACUGCACUGACUUGGUUCCUAUUGUCAACUGGGUGAACCGUUGCGUUAUCUCCAUUUUCAUUGUGUUCUUCAUUUCCUUGGUUCCCCUCGGAGUCCAGGAAUUGACCGAGCGUGGUGUUUGGCGCAUGGCCACUCGUCUUGCUAAGCACUUUGGUUCCUUCUCAUUCAUGUUCGAGGUGUUCGUUUGUCAAAUCUACGCUCAUUCCGUUCACCAGAAUUUGUCUUUCGGUGGUGCCCGUUACAUUGGUACCGGUCGUGGUUUCGCCACUGCCCGUAUUCCAUUCGGUGUCUUGUACUCGCGAUUCGCUGGCCCUUCAAUCUACGCCGGUUCUCGUCUCCUGCUGAUGUUGCUGUUCUCCACUUCAACCGUGUGGACCGCGGCUCUCAUCUGGUUCUGGGUUUCACUGUUGGCCAUGAUUAUCUCGCCCUUCCUUUUCAACCCUCACCAGUUCGCAUGGAACGAUUUCUUCAUUGAUUACCGUGACUACCUGCGCUGGCUGUCUCGUGGUAACUCUCGCUCUCACGCUUCCUCUUGGAUUGGUUUCUGCCGUCUGUCUCGUACCCGUCUCACCGGUUACAAGCGCAAGCUCCUCGGUGUUCCUUCUGAGAAAGCCUCUGGCGAUAUUCCCCGUGCCCGUAUCACCAACAUCUUCUUCAGUGAGAUUAUUGCGCCCCUCUGGAUGGUUGCUGUAACCCUCAUCCCCUACCUUUACAUCAACUCCCGUACCCAGUACAGCAACAGUGUUGACUAUGCCCCCAACGCAAUCCUGCGCAUUGCUCUCAUUGCCCUGGCUCCCAUUGGUGUCAACGCUGGUGUUUCCAUGAUGUUCUUCGCUAUGGCUUGUUGUAUGGGUCCUGUCUUCAGCAUGUGCUGCAAGAAGUUUGGGUCCGUCCUGGCAGCUAUUGCCCACGCUAUCGCGGUCAUUGCACUCCUGGUCUUCUACCUCGUCCUGUUCGUUCUGGAGUCCUUCAACUGGUCGCGUACGGUGUCUGGUCUCAUUGCCAUGAUGGCCAUCCAGCGUUUCGUCUACAAGUUGAUCAUCUCUCUCUGUCUCACUCGUGAGUUCAAGCAUGACCAGUCGAACAUCGCUUGGUGGACUGGUAAAUGGUACAACAUGGGUUGGCACUCAAUGUCUCAGCCUGGUCGUGAGUUCUUGUGUAAGAUCACUGAGCUUGGCUACUUCGCCGCCGAUUUCGUCCUUGGUCACAUUAUCCUCUUCUUCAUGCUGCCUAUUCUGGCCGUGCCCUACGCCGACAAGUUCCACUCUGUCAUUCUGUUUUGGCUGCGUCCCAGUCGCCAAAUCCGACCCCCUAUUUACUCUCUCAAGCAGUCGAAGCUCCGCAAGAGACGUGUUGUCCGUUUUGCCAUCCUGUACUUCUCGAUGCUUCUGCUCUUCAUUAUCCUAGUCGCAGCACCCCUCAUUGUUCACAACCUGGGUCUGGACAAGUCGAUACUGAAGACCCUUUUCAGCAGCAUUGGUAUCAAUGGCAAGAACAGCAUGAUGUAUCUUCUCCAGCCCAUGGAUAUCGGCCUCAAUGACACCGUGUCCUACUAUACCGGUUACGAUCUGCCGGAAGGCUACUCUCCGGUUGAUAACAGUGCCACUCCCUACGAGAGCGGUGUUUACACCUUCGUGCGGAAGCUCAUUUAA